UCCAAAGACAAAUCGGAGAGGUCCGUCCGGUGUGGGCGUGAAUAAACUUCGGAGGCGCUUGAUUGAAAUGAACCCCAACAUCUUCCAGGGCGCUGUACCUCACACCACAAGAGCACCAAAGGGAUACGAGGAGUCUGGUAGAGAAUAUCACUUCACCAGCCGAGAAAUCUUUGACAACAUGGCGUAUAACAACAGGUUUUUGGAGUACGGGGAGUACAAAGGGAAUCUGUACGGCACGAGCAUUGCGUCUGUGAGGGAAGUUUUAAACAGCGGGAAGAUCUGCGUCAUCGACAUCGAGCCCAAUUCCAUCCAGGCGGUGCGGAGCCACGAGCUGCGGGCCUACAUCAUCUACGUGAAGCCCCCGCCGCCGGAGCGACUCAAGGAGACCCGACGGGACUCAUACAUCACCACCAACUACUACGUCAACCGGCCGUUCAAAGAUGAAGACUUCCAGGAGAUGGAAGAAGCCGCCCAGAAAAUGGAGUCCGACUUAAGUCAGUUCUUUGACCAUGUGAUCGUCAAUGACGAGCUGCAGGACUCCUGCGUCCAGCUGCUGGCGGCGGCGAGGAAGGCGCAGGACGAGCCGCAGUGGGUCCCUGCCAGCUGGAUACGACCCACCACCGAGUCCUAAGGCCACAAAGAAUGUGACCCCCCUGUUACCAUGGCAGCAGUUACUUUUUCAUUUUUAUUCAACAGAUUCCUCACUGUAAAAUCUUAACAUGUAAAUCAAUGUUCAUGUUCCAGGGGAGAAGGGCAUGAAAUAUAAUUAUUUUGAUCUUCUUCUUACUUGUGUGCUUGAUCUGCAGCGGUGGAAUGUAACUGAGUACAUUUACUCCAGUACUGUACUUGAGUCCAAAUGUUGAGGUACUUGUACUUUUACUAGAGUC